GAGGGACGUUCACGAGGCUAUAAAGACACCCAACCUGGACAUGCCUCGUGGCUGUAGAAAGUUUAUUUGGCGAGAAGUCAGCUGCUUCAGAUGGAUAGGAGUAUUUCUCAUUCUGUUCAGCAAGAAUGUAUUUGCAGUAACUCGAACACAACAAGCCACGUUCCUGUGUUUCGGUAACGACUCAGACAGUAGCCUCCUUCACUUCACGUUCAGGGUUUUAUCUAAUCAAGACUCAGUGAUAGGGAUCGUGCCGUAUGACGCUAGCUCAUCUUCUUUGGGUGUGGGAAAGAAAACCGCGUGUACCACCGUCCAGGGCAACGGUACAGCGGUCAGUCCCUUCGAGCUGACCAUCACAAUUGACACCGAUGACCCUACAGCUGUCAUCAGCCUGGCCAGUACAUGCGGAGUUGAGGAGAUAUCUACUGGGACAUUAUAUAAGUUUCGACUACGGACGAUUGGUGACCUUCAACUCGACCUUGGCACAGAUGCCUACUAUGAUUGUCAAUGUGAUAUGGCUAAUCUCCUGAGAAACUGGCAAACAGUAGGUCCAGCUUACAUUGCUGGGAUGACGUCGGUGACCUUACAGGAGGUCAGGGUAGGGGCUGCCAUGAGACUGGUGGACAAGUCCACAAACCUGCCCGUUACCGUGGUAGAGCUUGGUUCCGAGGUCUUCCUCCAGGUAGUUUACAACCCUCAGACACAGGACAGCAACGCUUAUGAUUCUUGUGGAACUUCGUUCUGGGUAGCAUUUGACCGUUCCUUCCCGAAUGCAGUACGAACACAUGAUCUGUAUGUUUUAAGUGCCACUCCGUUGACGUCACAGGUCUCGUUCUGGAACACAAGUACGAGUCAGGUAAUGGAUUCCAUCAUUCUUGAUCCAUCGUCAUCAAAAAUCGUGUCUGUUCCUGCCGAGACGUCUACAGGCAACGGCAAUGCUUAUCACUGCUACAGAGAAGGUCUUCCUGAUGGCGUAUAGCUCUGGUACAGAGAGCAAUUCUUUGCAGACAAUCUACCCUACGGAUACUCUUAGCUUAUUGUACUAUUUAGUAUCCACAGAUGACAACAAUUUUGUAAUUGUAAUCGGGACGGAGGA